CUUUAACAUUGAGAGAACUUCCGAAAUGGCUGGUCUUGGUCGAAUAACUGGUUUGACCGGCCUUGAGGCAGCAAGACAUCCACAUCAGGUGUUAAAAGUUUUGUAUGAAAAGAUUAAUAUGACGCUACAGAAGAUGCCAGCAGAAGCUGGAUACCGAAAACACACAGAAGCAGUAAUCUCAGAACGAAUGGCAUUGGUUCAGUCUGAAACUGAUGUAGAACAAUUAGAAAGAAAAGUGAAUAAUGGACUCGUAGAACAACUUAUUUUACAGGCCAGAAGAGAAUUGUCUUUAUCACGUAAAAUGUUACAGUGGAGACCAUGGGAACCAUUGAUAGGACAGGCACCACCUAAUCAAUGGAAAUGGCCGUUGUAAUAUGAGACUAUAGAAGUGUGUAUUUAUGUAGACAUAAAAAUAUAAAAAGAAUAUUAUAUUACUGAAGUUAGAUUCUACUCCUGUGAUAUUUCACUAAGAUUUAUUAAAAUCACAGAACGAAA